GCGUGAGAGAGAAAGAUAGCGGUGAGACUCUGGGCUUUGGUUCUCUCUCAGGUCCGUCAAAACUCAAGAGCAGCGCAGCUGAAGCAGGAACAGUCAGAAACAAAGACAACAUCUCAGCUCUGAAGAGAGAGAGAGAUAGAGAGGCUGAAGACAUGGAGGGACGGACGCCGUCAUGCCUCGGUCGCGCGGCGGUGCCGGUGAAGCGGGUGUGGCACGGCCUGAGCACGCGCCUCGGCCUCCGGCGAACCACCGGGCUUGGCGAGCUGCGCAAGGAGGUGCGGACGUGCGAGUACGAGGACGUGCACGUCAUGUGGGAGAUGCUGGGCGGCAUGGACGACGCGCCGCGAGGCCCGCGAGACGACGGAAGGAAGAGGAAGAACAAGAACAAGAGGAAGAAGGCCGCCGCCGGAGUGGCAGCGUGGGGCCGGCUCGUCUCCUACUGCUGCGCCUGCGCUCGCUGAAAUGAAGCAAUCUCUCGCCUGAUGUCCUCAUGGAUUCAGGGCUCUCGAUCGAUCUUUGGGUUCUUGGUGAUUGCAGCAGUUGAAAACUAGUACCUGAGAAAGUUGUAGAGCGUCUGCGUGUAUCCGGAUUUGUAAAUUUUGUUCGCCGUGUACAUGAUCGUAUCAGCAGGCACAGUUUUGGUUGCUUGUUCGUCUCAUCGAUUGGAACUUAAAAUGUGUUCUGCUUCCA